AUGGCUAAUGCCUCCCCAGACCUGGACAACGCGGAAGCCCAGCGCCAGCUCAACAACAACAACCGACCAAGCAGCUCGGGAUUCUGGGAGACGGAGUGUACCAGCUCCAAGCUGUUCGAGUGCUCCCGCAUCAAGGCCCUGGCAGAUGAGCGAGAUGCGGUGCAGAAGAAGACUUUUACCAAGUGGGUUAACUCCCAUCUGGCCAGAGUGUCCUGUCGCAUAGCGGACCUCUACAAUGACCUGAGGGAUGGAUACAUGCUCACCAGACUGCUGGAGGUCCUCAGUGGAGAGCUGCUGCCGAGGCCCACACGGGGUCGUAUGCGGAUUCACUGCCUGGAGAAUGUUGACAAAGCCCUCCAGUUCCUUAAAGAGCAGAGGGUUCACCUGGAAAAUGUUGGUUCCCAUGACAUUGUGGAUGGAAACCACCGUCUCACCCUGGGCCUUAUGUGGACCAUCAUCCUACGCUUCCAGAUUCAGGUGAUCAAAAUAGAGACAGAGGACAACAGAGAAACUCGCUCUGCCAAGGAUGCCCUGCUGCUCUGGUGCCAGAUGAAGACGGCAGGGUACCCUGAGGUCAACAUCCAGAACUUCACCACCUGCUGGAGAGACGGCCUCGCCUUCAACGCCCUCAUACACAGACACAGACCUGACCUGAUUGAGUUCCACAAGCUGACGCGGUCCAAUGCAACUCACAACCUCCAGCAAGCCUUCAACGUCGCUGAGCAGCACCUGGGCCUCACCAAACUCCUGGACCCCGAGGAUGUAAACACAGAGAACCCAGACGAAAAGUCCAUCAUCACUUAUGUGGUCUCCUACUACCACUACUUCUCCAAGAUGAAGGCUCUUAUUGUGGAGGGCAAGAGGGUUGGCAAGGUACUAGACAACUGUAUUGAGGCAGAGAAGAUCAUCAACCGCUAUGAGGCUCUGGCGUCAGACCUGCUGGACUGGAUAGAAAAGACCAUCGCGGUCAUUAGCAACCAGAAGUUUGCCAACUCGCUGACCGGAGUUCAACAGCAGCUGCAGGCCUUCACAACCUACUGCACCAUAGAGAAGCCCAUCAAGUUUCAGGAGAAGGGGAAUCUCGAGGUCCUUCUGUUCACCAUCCAAAGCAAGCUUAGAGCCAACAACCAGAAACCCUAUGUGCCUCAUGAUGGGAAGCUCAUCUCAGACAUCAACAAGGCCUGGGAGAGACUGGAGAAGGCUGAACAUGAGAGGGGCGUGGCUCUGCGCAAGGAGCUGAUUCGUCAGGAGAAGUUAGAGCUGCUGGCUCAGUGCUUUGACCACAAAACCACCAUGAGACAAGCCUGGCUCAAUGAGAACCAGAGGCUUGUAUCGCAGGACAAUUUUGGCUAUGACCUACCAGCAGUCGAGGCGGCAAUGAAGAAACACGAGGCCAUCGAGGCAGACAUAGCCUCGUAUGAAGAGCGAAUUGGCGUGGUGGUGGAACUUGCUGCAGAGAUGGAGACAGAAGGAUACUACGACAUUCGGCGUAUCUUGGCACGUAAGGAGAACAUUCUGGGCCAGUGGAGUCUGCUGAAGGAGCUGGUGGCUGGGAGGAGGACCCGGCUGGAGAAGAACCUGGCCCUGCAGAAGACUUUUCAGGACAUGGUCUACAUGAUCGACUGGAUGGAGGACACACAGGUCCAGCUUCUGUCGAAGGACUUUGGGAAGCAUCUCCUGGAGGUGGACGACCUGCUGCAGAAACACAGCCUGCAGGAAGCCGACAUUGCAGUGCAGGCUGAGAGGGUCGAGACACUCAACACCGCUGCACUCAAAUUCACCACUAUAGAGGGUUACCAACCGUGUGACCCACAGGUGAUCUGUAACCGUGUCAACCAUGUCUCUUCCUGUCUGGAGGAGCUGAAACAACUGGCAGCUAAAAGGCGCGAUGAGCUUGAGGAGUCGAGACAACUGUGGGCCUUCUUUCAGGAGCUGGAGGAGUCGGAGGCCUGGAUCAGGGAGAAGAGCUCCAUCCUGGGAGCGCAGGGUUAUGGGAAGGACCUGAGCAGUGUGCUGAAGUUACUACAAAAACACAAGACUCUGGCAGGAGAACUGCUGGCUCACCGGUCACUGCUGCAGAACACCAUGAAGCGAGGAAAGCAGAUCCUGAGUGAGAAGAGCUUUGGCACUGCGGGGAUCCAGGAGAGCAUCAUGGAGGUGAAGGGCGAGUGGAAGAGGCUGGAGGACCAGGCCGCGCAGCGUCUCGGCCACCUGCAGGAGGCGCUAAACUUUUUUCAGUUCUCCACGGAGACAGACGACCUGGUAGUAUGGCUGCAGGACGCUUACCGUCUGGUCUACAGCGAAGACUUUGGACACGAUGAGUACUCCACCCAGUCCCUUCUGAAGAAACACAGAGGGGUCAGCGAGGCCAUCGACAAACAUCGUCUGCAUGUGGUGACACUGCGUAAACACAUGGUGCUGCUGCCUCUGCGCUACCGUGAACAGGAGGAGGUGCAGGUGCGUAUGGGAGAGGUGGAGCAGCUCUAUACUGAGGUGGCCGAGGUGGCCGUGCUCCGACAGCAGUGGCUCCACGAUGCACUCGCUGUCUACCGCAUGUUCAGCGAGGUCAAUGCCUGUGAGCUGUGGAUUGAUGAGAAGGAGCAGUGGUUGGAAAAGAUGGAGAUCCCAGAGAGACUGGAGGACGUGGAGAUGGUCGCACACAGGUUUGAGAGCCUGGACCAGGAGAUGAACAGCCUGAUGGGUAGGAUCCUGGACGUUAACCAGAUAGUUCAGCAGCUCCUGGAUGGUGGUCAUCCUUCCUCUACAGAGGUCAGAGGUUGUCAGGACCACCUCAACUCAAGGUGGAACAGCAUUGUGGAGCUGGUUGAGCAGAAGAAAGAUCAGCUGGACUCGAUGUUACGCCUGCAGAACUACCUGCUGGAGUGUGCCGAGAUCAAGUCCCAGAUCCAGGACAAGAGAAAAGCCAUCGACGCCACUCAGUACAUGGGCAGCGACCUGGGAGGAGUCCUGGCUCUGCAGAGACGCCUCUCCACCAUGGAGGGAGCCCUGUCUGUCCUGGAGCCCAAACUGCUGCAUCUACAGGAAGAGGCGGAACAUAUGGCCACCGCACACCCAGGUCGGGCCAUGGAGGUUCUCGUGCCGUUUGAUGGCAUCAGUGUGGAGUGGGAGGAGCUGAAACGCACCCUGCAGGGCUGUGAGGACUCGCUGAUGGUGGCUAGCAGGCUGCAGAGCUUCAUCCAGGACCUGGACUCGUUCCUCACCUGGUUGGUCCAGACGCAGACGGCCGCCGCCUCAGACCAGCUGCCCAACAACUUGGAAGAGGCGGAGAAACUCAUCAACAAACAUGCUGCCCUAAAGGAGGAGAUUGGACGGUAUGAAGAGGACUACGAGCGCUUGCAGGCCAUGAACGAGCUGCUGGAGUCCGAGGAGGCUCCUCUCCCUCAGGCCGCCCUGCAGCAGUGGCUCCAGAAGCUCGACGUUGGCUGGAACAAACUGCUGGAGAUGUGGGAGAGCAGGAGGGAAGUUCUGGUCCAGGCUCACAUUUUCCAUCUGUUCCUGCGAGAUGUCAAACAGGCCGAGUCCUUCCUCAACAACCAGGAGUCGGCCCUGGCUCACGUGGAGCUGCCCACCACGGUGGAAACAGUCGAAGCCUCCAUAAAGAAACACAAGGACUUCACCACCACCAUGGAGCUGAACCUGCACAGGAUCAAAGCUGUGAUCGAGGCUGGAGAGAGUCUGAUCAGCCAGAGUAACAUCUACUCUGACCGCAUCAAGGAACGCAUCGACACCCUCGCCAACAGGGGAAACCAGAACAGAGAGCAGGCCCAGCAGUGGCUGGAAAAACUGAACGACCAGUGGGAACUUCAGAGGUUUCUUCAGGACUGUCAUGAGCUGGGGGACUGGGUGUGCGAGAAGAUGCUAAUGGCGAGGGACAGCAGCCGAGACGAGACCCAGAAGCUUCAUAAGAAAUGGCUGAAGCACCAGGCUUUCAUGGCCGAGUUGGCCCAGAAUAAGGAAUGGUUGGACAAAAUUGAAAAGGAGGGCCAGCAGCUGAUCCAGGAGAAGCCGGAGCUCAGCCCGGUGGUCCGGAGGAAGCUGGAGGAGAUCAGGGAGUGCUGGCAGGAUCUGGAGAGCACCACCCAGGCAAAAGCCCGCCAGCUCUUUGAGGCCAACAAGGCCGACCUGCUGGUGCAGAGCUACGAAAGCCUGGACCAGAGACUGGGCCAGCUGGAGUGUCAGCUAUCCUACGUGGACCAGGGACAGGACCUCACCACUGUCAACAAGCAGCUGAAAAAACUACACACCAUGGAGAGCCAUAUGGAGGAGUGGUAUAAGGAGGUGGGGCAGCUCCAGGCGCAGGUGGCCUCCAUCCCACAGCAGACACAGACCAAGGAGACGGUUGCAGAGCGUCAAGCCAUUGUGGAGGCCAGGAUGGUGCGUCUGAUCGAGCCGCUGAAGGAGAGACGACGCAUCCUGCUGGCGUCCAAAGAAGUUCACCAAGUCGGACGAGACCUGGAGGAUGAGAUCUUGUGGGUCCAGGAGCGCCUCCCAAUGGCCAUGUCUCAGGAGCACGGCUCCUCUCUGCAGGCAGUCCAGCAGCUCAUGAAGAAGAACCAGACACUUCAGAGAGAACUGCAGGGCCACAGGAGCAGGAUAGAGGACGUCCUGGAGAGGGCGGGGAUCAUCGCUUCCAUACGCAGCCCAGAGGCCGACUGCGUCAGGGCGGGCCACGACCAGCUGGCCCAGCUGUGGGCUCUGCUCUGGGCCGAGACCGAGAGGAGGCAGCUGGUCCUGGACGCCAUGUACCAGGCGCAGCAGUACUACUUUGACACAGCCGAGGUGGAGGCCUGGUUGAGCGAACAAGAGCUGCACAUGAUGAACGAGGAGAAGGGGAAGGACGAGCCGAGCACACUUCAGCUGCUAAAGAAACACUUAGUCCUAGAACAGACCAUCGAGGACUACGCUGAGACCAUCGGCCUGCUGUCGCAGCAGUGUCGACAGCUGCUGGAGAUGGGGCAUCCAGACUGCGAACAGAUCAGCAAGCGUCAGUCCCAGAUCGACCGUCUGUACGUGUCUCUGAAGGACCUGGUGGAGGAGAGGAAGAGCCGCCUGGAGCAGCAGUACUGGCUCUACCAGCUUAACAGGGAGGUGGACGAGCUGGAGCAGUGGAUCGCUCAGAAGGAGGUGGUCGCCAGCUCACCCGAACUGGGUCAAGACUAUGAGCAUGUCACUGUCCUGCAGGAGAAGUUUACGGAGUUUGCGUCAGAGACGGGCAGCGUGGGGCAGGAGCGAGUGACGGCCGUCAACCAGAUGGUGGACGAGCUCAUCGACUAUGGCCACUCGGAGGCCGCCACCAUCGCCGAAUGGAAGGACGGGGUGAACGAGGCCUGGGCCGACCUGCUGGAGCUCAUGGAGACUCGGGCGCAGAUGCUCGCCGCCUCACACCAGCUGCACAAGUUCUUCUCUGACUGCAGAGAGGUUUUGGCCCAGAUAGAGGACAAGCAUCGAAGGCUGCCAGAAGUUCAGGCUCGGCAGGGCAGCACUGCCAACACCAGCACCCUGCAGAGACUCCUGCACAGCUUCGAACAGGACAUACAGCUGCUGGUCACGCAAGUGCGUCAGUUGCAGGAGAGUGCGGCUCAGCUAAGGACGGUGUACGCCGGCGAGAAGGCCGAAGCCAUCGCAUGCCGCGAGCAUGAAGUGAUGCAGUUCUGGAAAGAGCUGCUGACGUCCUGCGAGGAGUGUCGAGUACAGAUUACCACUGAGACAGACAAGCUGAGGUUCUUCAGCAUGGUCCGAGAUCAGAUCAUGUGGAUGGAAUCGAUCAUCUGUCAGAUAGGGACAGGAGAGAAGCCCAGGGACGUGUCCUCAGUAGAGGUGCUGAUGAAUUAUCACCAGAGUCUGAAGAGUGAAGUGGAGGCUCGCAGACGGAGCACCCUGGAGUGUAUCGAGACGGGCAAAACUUUGCUGGCUGCUAGAAACCCAGCCGCUGAAGAGAUCAAGGAGAGGCUGGACAAGGUGGUUGCUAAACAAUAUGAGAUGUCUGAGAAGUGGGACAAGCACUGGGAAUUUCUACAGCAAUUGUUGGAAGUUCACCAGUUUGCCCAGGAGGCAGUGGUGGCGGAGGCGUGGCUGACCGCUCAGGAGCCGUUCAUCAGCAGCAACGAGCUGGGCGCGAGUGUAGACGAGGUGGAGCAGCUGAUUCGUCGGCAUGAAGCCUUCCGCAAAGCCGCCGCCACCUGGGAAGAGCGAUUCAGCUCACUGCGACGACUCACCACGGUGGAAAAGUUGAAAGCAGAGCAAAGUAAACAACCCCCGACCCCUCUGCUGGGUCGUAAAGUCUUCCUGGACCCCCAAGAUGGCUCACCCAAUGCAACCAACCUCCCCCGCCUCCCGAUCUCCCCCGUCAUGAGACAGACCAUCUACGAGCAGAACGAAGCCAACUCUCCUCCCUCGCCCUCACCUGCCACGCCUACACCUUCUCCUUCGUCUGUGGCUUGUCGGCUGGGGUCAACAGUCGCUAACUACACCCCGGUGAUGAACGGCUCCAGCUACCGCCACACCCUGGAGGCGCGGCACGGAGGCGUAGUGGGUGUAGCAGCAGGACUAGGCCAGCCCGCACCUUCCUCGAUCGCCUCAGUUGCCACGGCGGCCAUGCUAGUCUCAGCCAACCAGGCGCGAGAGAGUGCCAGCACAGCGAGGGACCAAGCGACAAAGGUGAUGAGUCACCUCCAGCCAGUGCAGACGGCGAGGACACAGGAGGUGAAAUCCUCCACGUACCUACGGCAACCGAAAAUCAAACACUUGGACGAUGCGGUGACGCCGCUGCUUGUGGCCAGCCGGCUGGAGAAAGCGAGGGAGAGGGAGAGGGGGAGGGAGAGGGAGAUGAUGAUGGGAGAGAUAGGGACAGAGAAAGCGGAGGUGGCUGUGAUGGCCGAGGUGGUGCUUCAGGAGCCGAGGGAGCGCCUGCACAGCGAGCCCACCCGAGGGUCUCGGGGGUCCAGGACUGACCUGUUGGGCCCCACUGAGCCCCAGGGCCACACCCACCACAGGAUAGAACGGCAGCUGUCCAGCGAGCAGCUGAUCCAGGCGCGCAGGGACGAGCUUCCUCAGGAGGUGUGGAGGGAACAGGCCGAGAGGCGGGAGAGACGGACGCUGGAAAGGCAAACGUCCAGCGAGCAGGAGGGCCACGGGGGCCAUGAGGGCCGCCGGAGAGAGAGGGACCGACACCGGCCGGACAGACAGGAAUCCAGUGAGCAUGACACCGGGAAAGAGCACUCAGACAGACGCUCAGCAGGAGGAGAAAAGAGAUCCACCAUGGCAGAAAUUGUAGAGCAGCUGCAAGAAAGAGAAGCAGCACAGGCCCGUGGUGAGGUUCCCCGUGUGCCUAACGGGGUACCAGAGAAGUCUUCCCGUCUCGACCGGCCUCGGGCUCGGGACAGACCCAAACCAAGGCGUCGACCACGACCCAAAGAGCCAGGAGAGACUACGCGGCGGUCCAGGUCCGCUCCGGCCCAGAGCAGCCCGGCAGUCCCCCAGCCGCCAACACACACCGCACACCACGAGGGCUUCCUCUUCCGCAAGCUGGACAUCGAGACCCUGAAAAAGAGCACCAAUAGCAGGUCAUGGGUCAACCUGUACUGCGUGCUGAAAAAGGGGGAGAUGGGUUUCUACAAGGACGCCAAGAACACCGCCACAUCCUACAACAACGAGCCGCUGCUCAACCUCUCCCACUGCCACUGCGACGUCACCAACGGCUACAAGAAGAAGAAGAACGUCUUCACGCUCAAAACGAAGGACGGCAGUGAGUUUUUGUUUCAUGCAAAAGAUGAGGACGACCUCAAAGUAUGGGUGACCAACAUCACCGGCAGCAUUACGGAGCACGAGGAGAUUGCCAAAUGGGGUCAGCCCCAACCAACUACCUCAUCCACAGACGAGGGCACGCGCCGCGACGGCAGCAAAGCGGACAACAGGUCCGAGCGCGGCGGCGAGCGCUCGGACCGGGCCGAUCGGAUCGAGCGGGCAGAUAAAGAAAAGGAGAAAGAGAGAGAAAAGGAGAAGGAGAAGGAGAGAGAAAAGGAGAAGGAGAGAGAAAAGGAGAAGGAGAGAGAGCGGGGCGAGCGGUCGGAGAGGUCAGAGCGGGGAGGGAAGUCGGACGCAAAGCGCUCGGAAAAGUCCGCCAAGAAAAAGUGAGCCGGGCAACGGAUCGAUGUCGGGACUUGAAUCGUGAAUCGUGAACUCCGGAUAGGAGGCGGGGCCGUAGAAUGGUAGCGAACGCCCCCCCCCCCCCAUCUCCCCCCUCCUUCUCUCCGCCUCCAACACUGUCAACUAAGCGCUUGUGUUUGGAUGGGAAGUGACACACAGGACAGAGGGACUGACCCAGGCUCACUCAUAGGACGGACAGGACGGACCUGGUGCAGGAGACGUCUUUCUCUCUCUUUCUCUCUCUUCUUCUGUGUCUCUGUGAGAACACACAGAGUCACUGACGCUCCGCAGACACCCCCAGAGAACUGCAGAGAGUUCUGUGCCGCUGAACCUUCGGCAGCGUUAACGCAAGAGAGAGAGACGGGACAUGCAUUACAUUAGCUCACAGUCUGAUUGCCGGUAGUGCGAGAAAACGUAGCUCAUUCUGUUCCAUGUUUGUUUUUUCUAUGAGAUGAGCUGUAUACGUAUGUACUUCUUGUCCGUCUGUCAUAUCUACUGUAUCUAUCUUUCAUCCUACACUAUGUCUCAUUACUCCUCCGAAAAUGGAAAAGACAAUGAAAUUAUGCCAAAAUGUUUUACAGACAUACAAACUUCAUCCAGAUUCACUAUGGAUGAGUCAGCCCUGAUAAACAGCUAGAGCACUGAGCUGAUUCUAGAAAGGUAAGGAAGGAUGAUGAUGAUUUAAGACGAGAGAAGAGUAGAUGGCCAACCAGGGUGAUUACCUUCAAAACAAUCAGGAACACAAGAAACAAAAGGAAAGUAAAAAAUGUUUCAUUGUUUGCUCAGAAAGUCGUAGAAAAAUACAUCCAAAGGCUUGAAACCCUUAAGAAAGAUCCCCCCCCCCCCCAAAAUUUGCUUGAAUUGUUGAACUCUGCUCACAAACAGCAAACAGAGCAGCUUCCCUUCGUUUAUAUAGGAUUUAGGAUUACAUUUGUGCAAGACAGAUGGUUCACAAGAUGUUUAAACUGUGACGUUAAGACAGCGUGGUCACUGCAGCCACUUGGGCUCCCAAGAUUAAUUUAUAAGAGAAACACAUGUACAGUUCUUAGAUAAAAACCUAAUCUGAUGGUAGACUCUGGCUCCCAGGGGUCUCAUUCGUUUCAUUUUACUUUAAAGAAAAACACAUAAAAAGGCACAAAAAAAAACAAAAGCAUUCAUAUUUUAGAAAGCUGUAGAGGCCAAGAUUUAUAUGUUUCGAUAUCUCAAAGGAAAUGGGUGAAAUUCAUUGUAACCUGCUGAUAUUAGCAUCAAGGAUCCAUUUCCCAUAAGUUACAUGUUUGGCUUUGGUCAUAAGCACAAAAUCUGCGCCUGGCAUGUUUGUAAUGAAUGAGGCCCUCAGGCUGAAAACAGGCGCCAUCUACUCUUUUAUUCUCUUAUAACAUCAAACAACUCGUCGGUUAUUCUCUUUGAUUUAUUCACACAAAUCUGUUGCGUCCUCUUUUUUUUUUAUACAGAGUUCAAAAUAUCUUGUUUUUCUGCGUGCAGUGUGUUUGUGCGUGUGUGUGUGUUUGUGCGUGUGUGUGUUUGUGCGUGUGUGUGUGUGUGUGUGUGUGUGUGUGUGUGUGUGUGUGCGUGUGUGUGUGUGUGUGUGUGUGUGUGUUGCUGCUCUCUGCUCCCAGGGUCUCCAUAGCUCUCAGGUUAUCUAUGUUAGUGUGUGCUUACCGUGUGCUUCACGUGUUAAUAUGUUUGUCCCCUCAGACGCCACCUCAGUCUUCCAGACAUGUCCAAACCACGACACACACCACACACACACACACACACACACACACACACACACACAGAAGAAUAUAACUCAGCAGGUUUAAAAUGUCAAAGGUUAUAAACAUGUUCCAGAGUUUAAAAGGUCGUCAACUUGUCCAGGUCAACGUCUCAUUAGUGUAGAAUUAGACGGGAAUAUAUGAAUGAAUGAACUGACACACCGUUGAGAUCCAGGAUAUCAGACGGACCAAAUAUUAAGAAAAAGGGGGUGGAACUAUCUGUAAGUUGUGAGAUUGCAUGUUUUGCUUGGAGAGAAAUCACUCGUCAAUAGAAGCUUGUUUUUGCAGCCUGCUGACUCAGCAUCCACGCAUCAGUUUAUGUUACAUUUCUGGGUUCAAAAUUAGCACCAUCUACCAGCCAAAUGCUGGUAAAAUAUGCAAGUGGCUGGUAGAUUUGCUUCAUUCACCAGCCAAAAAAAAGUUUGGCUGGUAAAAUCUGAACAUUCACUAGCCAUUUGGCUGGUGGAGGAAAAAGUUCAUUUUAAACCCUGCUUGUAAAGCUCACCACAAAGCCAUAAGGGGAGAAUAAACUUGUAAAUCCAGCUGGGGGCAUUUUGGGAAGCACCAGCCGCAGAGGCCGAUGGGCAAACUAAAGUUACUUUCCUGCCCUGGUAGGAGCAUCUUCGUCAAAUAUGUGCGUCAGAAAUAAUUUCAAAUACCAAUACUGUUUUAAUAUCACUGCUGCUGUAUGGAAACCUUGUUCAUUUCAGUUCCGGUGUUUUUAAAUCUUUCAGUUAAAGUCCACCGGUGGUUAUUUCGUUUUGUAGUGGAUGGGAUGGUCCCGAUCAGGGCUGGUAUGUUCCUCCUAACUCUUUAAAACCACUGCGAACCAAACACUGUCUGCUCAUGGUUUAUAAGCUAUGUUCAGUACACAUUUGUUUACUUUGUCUCUGGUUUUCCUGCUGGUACUGGAACUAUUUUUCCUCUUUCUUUAAAUAAAAAAAAAACACCACUAUUGACAAUAAAAGAAAACACGUUGACAUUAUUGUUGACUGCAAAAAAGUGAUUUUAGUUGUACUUUAACCUUAAAAGUUUACACUCUCCUCUGAGGAGGCUGUAGAGCCCAAAAAUCACACUUAGAAUUUGUUUUACAUUUUCAGAAGUCAAAAUUUGCCAAGUUGAUUAUUCUGCUUCUCAAAAGUUUAAUAUUAAAGUUAUGAGAGUAUUAUUAUAUCUCGCUGUUCCUUUUUUUUUUUCUUCACCUUAUUCACUUCAAGAUUUUAAAUUCUGUCCUGACCUGUUGGUCUACUUCAUGUUUAUCAUAAAACGUGUCUCCAGAACUGUAACUUUAAAUUAUUUUAACACACUUUAUGCAUUUAAAUUAGGUGUGAAUGCCAGAUCAAUGCAAUCAUUUACAUGCAUGUUGGACACAACAAAGUCUAGAGUUAAAAGAGGUGUAUUUUGAAUGAGCAAAUCUUCCACGUGUAAAGUGACACGGUACGAUCCUCUGCUGUCAGAUUGUGAGUCUAACAGCGUAAUAAACUGACACGUUUUGUUGCUGUAGAUACACGCAGGACAAAAGAUGCAGGGUACAGCUAACUCGUUAACAGAUAACAUUACAAAGUAUUUCAUUUGAACCAUUUUACACAGCAGAAACAACAAGGUAUGUGAAAGUCAGCGUGGUAAACAUCAUGGCAGAUGGUACCCUGCCUGUCUGUGUGCGUCUGUGCUGUUCUGUUCACAUCGAACUCAGUCUGUCGGCUGACAUGAAAUGACGAAUAAAAUACCUUUUGGUUUAUCAUAUAUGUAUUUAUAGUCCGUGUUUGUUUGUUUUUCUCACUGGAAAUGAAUGUAAAACUUUGUUGUGGAAAAUGUUUCAGUUUGGGUGCAGAUCAGUGUUUGCUCCUGCUCUCUGAAAACAGCAUGUAGAUCAUAAGAUAAUACAAAUGUACAUUAAAGCAGGAAUAAGAACAUUCAGUUAGUCGCUGGCAGCUGGAUAGAAAGUGAAAUCGUUCCUGAUACUUCAGCAGAGGGAAACACUGAUGCAGACAUUUCUCAGUCUGAUACCAUUCAGUCAUUCAGCUAUUCAUCUUGUACACCAAAACCACACAGCAGUAUGCAGUAAUAUGGAGUGUAAUUUAUGAGGAUUGUAGAAGUGUUUCUUCAGGAAUGAAAAUUGUCAAUGUUGUUGUUGAUGAUGAUGAUGAUGAUGAUGAUGAUAAUGAUGAUGAUGGUAGCAAUGAACUGAGACAUUAUGCAACUUUGUUUUGUUGCACUAGGGACACUGGCCUGUUGCAGAGCUGAGGCCUGAUGGUCAGUGGUGUUGGGGAUUCAGCAGAGGGACGUCCGAUCCAGAGAAGUUAAGAAUGAUCUUGUUGGUUGGAAGACAUUUUUAUGUCAGGGCCGUUUCAGGAUCAAUUGUUAGUGAUUGAAGAUUUUUUUGGGGGGUUAACAAGACAGCAAAUGUGUGCUAGAGCUGAAACAAUUGGUCAAUUAAUCGAUUGGUUGAUCGACAGAAAAUUCAUCAGCAUCAGUUUUGAUAUUCGAUUCAUUGUUCAAGUCACUUUUUAAAACAAAACCUCAUCAAAUAUGUGGUUCCAGCUGUGAAGAUGUGUUGCUCUUUCCCCCUUUGUUUUAUAACAAUAUAAACUGAAUAUCUUUAUGGUCAGCAUGACAGUAGAAGAUGUCACAUUUAUACAGAAGCCCAUUUCCGCCAGUAAAAGAAAUUAAAUGAAAACUAAGCGCUUGGAUGAAAAAGAAAGAUCCUGUAAGUCAUUAUAAUGAGAAAGUUUCUCAAAAUAGUAGUAGUAAUUAGUAUCUCCAAAAAAGAAAUGACCAUGUAUCUUAAAAAUAAUGACUUAAUGCCACAAAAUAAUGACUUGGUAUCACAAAAGAAUUACUUAAUAUCACAAAAUAAUGAGAAAUGUUCUCAAAAUAGCUCAUUUUGAGGAAGUUUGUCAUUAUGUUGCAAUAUAAAGUCAUUAUUUUGAGAAAUGUUCUCAUUAUUUUGAGAAUGUUUCUCAUUAUAGUGACUUACAGGAUCUUUUUUUCCCAUCACAUUGGCGGAAAUGGCCUUCCAUACAUUGAGCUCCAGAAAAUUGUGAUACCAGCUUAUAAUAAUAAUAAUAAUAAUAAUAAUAAUAAUAAUAAUAAUAAUAAAAACAACUGUUCGGCAUAAUUCAUGCGUUAAUGUCGAACUUGAGAACUGGAAAUAACAGCUGUAAAAACAGCUGUUAUUUAGUUUAAAAUACCUGUUUACACAUUACAGCCACAGCCGGCUCUCAUCACACUCAUCAUUCGUCCGUCAAAAUCGAUCUAGUACACACACUGCCUGAAAUGUAUCGUCUACAAAAUAUUUUUGAAUAGGGCUCAGACUACAGUGAACACAAUCAACCUUAAGUAUAAUUUUUGUAUCCAGCAUUUGUUUAUAUGUUUCUGAAGACAAUCAGGGAAGACUCUUGAGCUCAAAUCCGGCCUCAGAACUUCAGUGUGUGACGUUAUGUGGAGUUAAUUCACUAACGGGGAAUGAGAGGCUGAUUAUGUGGACACAUGGAUCUUUUAUUGGAGGUUUAACAUCCAUAAAUGCACCGGUUUGCUUACAAAAUGAUCCUCUGCCACAUUAGGACGAUUCAAGGGUCAUCAGAUAGAGUAUUGUAUGACCUCCUCUUUCACUUGAAGGCACCCAAACAAACAUUUUUGCUGCCACAGUUUCUCUCCUCCCAGGACCCCAGAGCACCACUGUCUAUCUGCCCUCAGCCUGUCUGCCUCUCUGUACGCCUGCCUACAGCAACCUGAUGAUGUACAAAUGUAUGUGAUCAUAAUUAUUUUCUGUAAAAAACAGACGAGAAAAUAAGUUUAUCCAUGGUGACGCUGGGAAAAAUGCCCCUGGUCUUUGUUAUGUUGAACUUUUUGAGUCUGUGUGGAAGUGAGAUUGUUGAUAAGCCAGGUUUAUAACACCUCCUCCACACAAACACAACAGGACAAAGAGGUUGCAUGAAUGACAUAGUCUCUAUUAUGGUACUGCUGUGCAUGUCUUCAAGUCCCAUCCCUCCACUAUGCAAUCACUGUAACAUACCGGGGCAACACAAUCUACCAACAUGAGAAAAGGGUGAAUGAAUGAACCAAUAAUGUAUAAAAUGAUCAGAACCAACUGCGAAUCAUUUGCUCUGUACAGUCGUUUCUUUGAAUUGAUAAAUACAGAUUGUGAUAUUGAAAGAUAA